AUGUCAACCACCCUCGAAGAAAAGCUCCGUCUCCUCUAUAACUACUCCGCUUGCGACGUCUCCGAUGCGCUUCUGAAACUUCAAAAACCCGUCCCAGGCACUCCAGCGCGUGCCGGCCAUCUCGCCGACCUCACCCCCUACCUUCAAAAUCACCACCAUGAUCACCACCCCCAGUCUGAAACCACCACCACCACCACCAAGAUAAUCGCCCCAGCCUGCACCAUCAAAUUCACCGCCAAACACGCACCGGAAACACCACCAAAGAACGACGAAACCACCACCUUCCCCCCGGGCUCCCACUGGGUCGACUGCGUCGACCCCGACACCAUCGUCGUCGUCGACCAACCUCGCGACCAGCACUGCGCCGUCGUCGGCGGCAUCAUGGCGCUGCGCAUGAAGCGCCUCGGGGUGCAGGCGGCGGUUGUGAAUGGACGCGUGCGCGAUCUCGCCGAGUUCGGGGAGUGCGGGUUACCCGUGUGGGCGCGCGGACGGUCGACGGUGGGGAGUGGUGCUGAGGCGGUGGCUGUGGCGCGCAACGUCCCUGUGGAUGUUGGCGGGGUGGUCGUCUAUCCGGGAGAUAUCAUCUUCUGUGAUCCGGUCGAAGGCGUCGUGGCUAUUCCGCGGGAUCUGCUGGAUGCCGUUCUCGAGUUGAUGCCGAAGUUGGUGGCCAUGGAUGAUCGGGUGAAGGAGGCGGUGGGGCGGGGGAUGUUGGUAUCGGAGGCCUUUAAGCAAUUUCGGACGAAGAUUUGA